AUGUCCGAGGCUGGCUCGUCGACGCCGUCACGCAAACGCUCGAAAUGGGAUGUGGACACCCAGGACGAGGAAGAGGAGGCGCCACAGCCGGUGCUCAAGCGGCGCGCCAAGGCCCCGCGGAACGUUCGGACUUCUGAGCUCACCGUCCCUCAAACGUCUGUCGCACCCAGAGCACGGCCAUCGCACAGCCUGUUCGUGCCCCCUCGGACCCAUCACCCGCCGAUCAUCCCGUCGCGAUCGGUAUACAACUACGAGCGUCUGAACUCGAUCGAGGAAGGUUCCUACGGCGUCGUCUUCCGCGCAAAGGACAAGCAGACCGGCGACAUCGUCGCCCUCAAGAAGCUCAAGCUCGACGAGGAGAAACAGGGCUUCCCCAUCACAGCUCUUCGGGAGAUCAACGCGCUCAUGGCGGCCCGGCACGAGAAUGUGGUCCGCAUUCGCGAAGUCGUCGUGGGCGAGACUCUGACACAGGUCUUCAUCGUCAUGGACUUCAUCGAACAUGAUCUCAAGACGCUGCUCACGCUCAUGCCACAACCGUUCCUUCAAUCCGAAAUCAAGACACUCAUGCUCCAAUUGCUGUCGGCAGUCGGACACUGCCAUAACAACUGGAUACUGCACCGCGACUUGAAGACCAGCAACUUGCUCAUGAAUAACCGAGGGACUAUCAAAGUUGCGGAUUUCGGCUUGGCUCGACGGUACGGCGAUCCUGUGGGCGUGGGUGGUAUGACCCAGCUAGUUGUGACACUUUGGUAUAGAGCUCCCGAAAUCUUGCUAGGCGCAAAAACCUACUCUACAGCCGUCGACAUGUGGUCCGUGGGCUGCAUCUUCGCCGAGCUUCUCCUCAAAGAACCCCUCUUCCAGGCAAAGGGCGAGAUUGAGCUCAUCGACAUGAUCUGGAAGCUUCUUGGGCCGCCAAACAACAAUAACUGGCCAGGCUGGAUGGAGUUACCGCUGUCGAGAACGUUAGCGCCACGGGCACCACAUGCGCAUCAUUUCAGGACAAGAUUUCCAUUCAUGACGACAGCUGGACUGGAUCUCCUGAUGUCACUUCUCACUUACGACCCCGAGCAAAGGAUCACAGCAGAGGAGGCGCUGAAGCACCCUUACUUCCAAGAGUCUCCGCUCCCGAAGCACCCAGAUCUCUUCAGUUCUUUCCCUUCUGCCGCUGCUGGCGAAAAACGUCGCAAACCGUUCGAGAGCCCUCGCGCUCCGACACGUAUCGCAGACAAGCUAUUCGGCAACGAGAUGGAUCCCUGA